GGCGUGCUUCACCGCUCCUACCCCUCCAGUGUAGACAAGUUUUCUUGCAUUUCAAUGAUUAUGACAAUGAAACCAUCGCUUUUUCAAUGCAGAAAUUUACGGAUUUAGACGUUAGAAGUGUGUUUUUGGUGGUAAUGGUUGCACGCUGUGGCAAAAGGGACUGAAAAACUUAUGGUUCGUGGGAACGUUACCGGAGGACAGUUCGACCAUCAAUUUGGCCUUUUGUUUUUGUUAGAUGCUUGAAAUUUAGUUCUGUCACUCGCGUGGGGUAUUUGUUGAGCGAAUCUGAUAAAGUUGGCGAACUUGGCCAGUAAUAUGCUCAAUGGUUUCCCAAGUGGAUGUCUUGAGCGAUCGAGAAAAGGAGAUUUUGUCGAAUUAUGACAGCCGAUUUUACGGAUUUCUACGAAUUCAAGACCCAGUUGGAGAUCCAUCACUGCCUGACCUGAACCACAAAUCGUUAUUGCUCAAGGGUGUAGAUUUUUUCGAGAAAGAAUUGCAACGAGAAGGGAAGUCAGUUCAUCCAUCCACAUUCUGCAGACUGGGACAUAUUCACCUGUUGCUUGACGACUUUCCUAAAGCGCUUUCAGCUUACCAGAGGUUCUUUAACGUCCAACAGGUCGAUUAUUGGAAGGAUGCGACAUUUCUUUAUGGCCUAGGGAUUGUAUAUUUUAACUUCUCAGCAUAUCCCUGGGCAGUAAAGAUCUUUCAACAAGUGCUGUAUAUAGACCCCAGCUUUAAUUGUUCCAAUGAAGUUCAUCUCCGACUGGGAAUCAUAUUUAAAGAACAGGGAAGCUGUGAAGCUAGUAUUAAACAUUUUCAAAUGGCAUUAAUGGAUUCCAGCCCUUGUUCUUUAUCAAAAGUUGAAAUUCGCUUUCAUCUGGGACACCUUUUCGAGAUGCAGAACAAAUGUGAUUUAGCGCAGGAAAUGUAUGAGACUAUCAUAGAGACUCCUAAUACGCCUAAUGCUGUCAGGGCUAAUGCUUACAAACAAUUAGGGUGGAUGUAUUACAACAAAGAACACCUGGGUGACAGAACAUCCAGAAUGGAAAAAGCUGUCCAGUUGUUGCUGAAAGCUAUUGAGACAGAUCCGAACAGUGGUGCUGCAUGGUAUUUAAUUGGAAGGUGUUAUGCCAUGCAAGGAAAAGUUCAUGAUGCUUUCACUUCUUACCGUCAUGCCAUUGACAAGUCAGAGGCAAAUGCUGAUACAUGGUGCUCCAUAGGUGUAUUGUAUCAACAGCAAAAUCAGCCCAUGGAUGCUUUGCAGGCCUAUGUGUGUGCCAUUCAGUUGGACCCAACCCAUGUGGCAGCAUGGACAGACCUAGGUAUUCUAUAUGAAGCCUGUGAACAGUUGAGUGAUGCAAUUGCAUGUUACAGUGCUGCUAGGAAGUAUGGUGCAACCGAUAAUACAAUCGAGGCUCGCGUCAAGGCACUGCAGGCUCAGCUAGCUAUGAUGCCUCAACAAGGAAAAGCACAAAAGAAGAAUAUUCCAUCUGUUGAUGAGGCAUGGCAGUUACCUAUUCCUGCAGAACUUACAACAAGGACAAUACGCAAUGCACAAGUAAAGCUUUUGACUAGUGCUCAGAUGCAAGGUCUACAACAACAACAACUACAGCAAAUGUAUUUACAACAACAACAACAGCAGGUCACAGAACCAAACAAUGUGCAGGCUCAUGAUGCAGUUCCUAUGGAAAAUGCAGUCAUGUAUUCAACGGGUAAAAAUAUGGCAAACCAUGUUUCUUUGCAUGAUGGGAAGGCCGAAAAUCACGAUGAACUUAAUCAAUCUUCUGUUCCUGGUUCAAGCUCACAAGAAAACUGGCCUGAUGCAGUCCAGCCACUGAAUGGACAAAUACUGGUUCCAACAUGCUCUGAAAAUCAAUUUGCUAAAUCUACAGACGGUUUGACACAAACUGUUACAUCUAGCAUCACAACCCAAGGAAUUUCGCUUCCAUUACCUGGGCCGUUCUCGCAGUCAGAGUCACUUUUCACAGAAGCACACAGCGAUUCAGGUGUUUCUGCCAUGGAAACCUCUAUUGCAGGGGAUGAUCCAUUGAUGGCAGUCACUGAACAACAAAAUUCUUUAGCAGGACCUGAUGCAUUGACGACUACUUCUCCUCUAUCAAACUUCGUUUCAACGUCGUCCAAUGCUUCAAUGUUUAACUCAAGUGUUCCUAGUAGUCAAGGAGCAACUCUUCUUCAAGGCGAAUCUGGAACAACAGCAACUUCUGAACAAUCUCUUUCAAGUGGAAUACACUCCACUCUCUUGAGUGAAAUAAAUUGUACUGGUGAUGUGAAGCCAAGCCCGCUAACAGGAACUAGUGAUCCCACACUAAGCAAUGGACCCAUGUCAAUGUACACAGGAUUUCCAAGUUCAGCUGCCGGUGCAGCGAGUGGAAUAUCAACCAUUUCUCCCUUCUCACCUCCAAGUCAUUACGUUAUGUCGCCAACACAAAAAUCGCCCUUUCACACGACCGCAUCUCAACUCUCCCCAAGUCUUACUCAACCUUUGUCUAUCAUCAACCCAAGCUGUUUAUCGCCAAGUUCAGGCCUACAGGGAGGGCAGUCCGCUUUCUCUCCUGCGUCUCUUAUUCCAACGGAUCUCUUAUCUCCAUCAAAACAACUCGCAGUCAUCUCACCUAGCUCAUCAUCCAAGUCACCGUUCAACCUCAGUUCAGGGGGCGAUAAUUUGGCUAUUCCUAAAUUGAACUUGCUGUGUGAUUCCAAUGCGUUACCACACCCUCCAGAUACUCCACUUCCUCCUCUUCCUACAGACAAGUUGUCACCACAGACACCAAGUAUUUAUGUUGAAAACAAGAAGGAUGCAUUUUCACCAGCACUUCAAAACUUGGUGCUAAGUAAUUCCAAUCCCAUCCUAGUGAUCAGAGGGCUAGCAGCAGCACUUAGAUUAGAUCUUAGUUUGUUUUCAACCAAGACUCUUGUUGAAACAAAUGGCGAACACCAAGUAGAAGUGAGGACACAGAGACUUCAAGCGUCAGAUGAAAACUGGGAUGCUGCUGGUGAAAAGAAAGUCUGGUUGUGCGAGAGCAGCAGGUCGUAUACAACCAUUGCAAAGUAUGCCCAAUAUCAGGCGAACUCAUUUCAAGAGUCUUUGAAGGAAGAGCAGGAUAGACAAGCGGGCAUCAAAGAACCAUCGCAAUCAGACAGCGAUUCAUCGUCAAGCUCCAAGAAUGGCAGGAAGGGCAAAGGAAAGAAGUUCAAGUGGAUUAAAUUUGGAACUAAUGUUGAUCUUUCUGAUGAGAGAAAAUGGAAAACGCAACUACAGGAACUUACUAAACUUCCACCAUUUGCCAAGGUGGUGAGUCCGGGCAACAUGUUAAGCCAUAUUGGUCACACAAUCCUCGGCAUGAACUCAGUGCAAUUGUACAUGAAGAUACCAGGAUGUAGGACACCAGGUCAUCAAGAAAACAAUAACUUCUAUGCGAUAAAUAUUAACAUUGGACCGGGAGACUCAGAAUGGUUUGCAACUCCAACAGAAUAUUGGGGUGUUUUACACAACUUGUGUGAAAAGAAUAAUGUCAAUUUUCUAACAGGCUCCUGGUGGCCCAUUCUUGAGGAACUUUACGAGGAGCGUGUGCCAGUGUACAGAUUUAUUCAAAGGCCUGGUGACCUAGUCUGGCUCAGUCCUGGGGUAGUACAUUGGGUACAGUCGUCGGGUUGGUGUAACAAUAUUGCCUGGAAUGUCGGUCCUCUUACAGAGGACAUGUACACAGCAGCUAUAGAAAGAUAUGAAUGGAACAAACUACAAGGUGAGAAGUCCAUUGUGGCCAUGCUACACUUGUCGUGGAACCUCGCAAGAAAUGUGAAAGUCACCGAAAGGAAGUUGUUUGAACAUAUUAGAGUUGUGCUGGCCAGGUCACUCAAGUAUUGUCAGAUUACUGUGGAGAAACUAAAGCAUGCUGGGAUUGAGGUGAUGUGGCAUGGGAAAAAACACAAUGAAGGAUCUCAUUACUGUUUUCAGUGCGAGGUGGAGGUUUUCAAUAUUCUGUUUGUCACAGACAACAAGAAACACGUCGUGUAUUGUCAAGAUUGCGCCAGAAAGACCAGCAGUAAUCUUGCUGGAUUUAUAGUCCUCAAUCAGUACACGCUUGAGGAGCUGACUGAAGUGUAUAAUAAUUUUAAAUUACAUGCGGUGACUCCCCGAGCUGUGGAAGCCGUACUAGCCCAGAAUCCCUCGCAGCCUUUAGGCGUGGUCGCCCAGGGUGUGAGCAAUUUAGCGUAGUUAACAUUUUUUGAUACUGUUGCGUUUUCUGUUUUUGUACAAAAGAGAGGUAUAUUUUCUAUAAUGAACAAAGCGUUAAAUUCAAGCAACGAUCGAAUUCUCAUGCGAGCUGUAUGAUAUUUAAUUUAGGUAAUGGAAGAUUAUAUUUGAAUUUUUCUGCCGGCGUAGCGCCGCGUCAAGUACAACGUAGUCUGAAAAUUCAGCAUUUUCCUCUCUCCGUUGACAAUGAUACUUUCCACUUCAAUUCGAUUCUCAUCGAAAUAUCUCAGAGGUUUAAUAUAACAUUUUUUCUUUUGUGUAUUUUGCCCUUUCUCUUGUUAAGUUCGAUGAUGCGUCAUCAGCUCAGACUGUUGCGUGACCAUCCAAGACAUUUUUGGAGGUCACGCAAAAAUCGUUUUCGUCACGUUAUGAACACGUUGCACGACUGCGUCAAGAAUCGCUCGUUUUUCUAAGUUAAGUAUUAUUGUUUUUUUUUUUUUAAUUCAGUCUUACCUAAUCUUUCUCUAUUUGAUUCAUUUUUUUUUAUCAAAUACCUGGAAAGAAAUUUUUUACACUUAUUGCAUGAGAUUUCAAAAAAUCUUGGGAACAACUAAUUAUUAAAAUUAUAAUCCGACUUCAAUUUUGGGAGUGAGAAUAUUCACCCCACUUCCCUUCCUUACCUUUUCGCCUGUAAAUUGUAUUUUUGGCCGGGCUUAAAUAAGCCACCAUCCGUUGAAACUAUCAUGAAUCGCGAGGAUAAUUUUAGCGGUACUCUGCUCGUCUUGUUAUACACAACAAUCUCGUCUGUAAAUACUUGCCGUAUUGUAAACGCUGUCUUUGAUAUUGCAGUGUAAUUCUUCGUCAAUUUGUUUGCAGCAGGCUAAGAAACAGCAUCAUCGUACUUUGCAUAACUGGGUUUCUCUUUUCACUGGGACAAAAUAAACUGGUUAACCCUUUAAUUCGCUGUGAUCAGAAUGUCAAUUCCUCUUAAGUUUUUCCAUACACUGUCAAGCAGAUAGCUUCUGUGAGCUGAGAAAGUUAUCGGUAAAAUUUCCGCACAACCCCAUACUACAUUAUGCAUUCAGUUCUUGAAUAGAGAAAACAAUGACAAAAACAAUACAUUGCCAUUGGGAAAACAGAUUUGUUUUACAAUAGUAUGGGGCUGUACGGAAACUUUACCAAGUUAUCAGCUCAGGGAGACUGAUUGGAUGUAACACCAAAUUCUCGAGAGUAAUCAACUAAGAAAGAUACGGGAAUCACCAAGGAGAAUUUAGUUAUCGAUCACGGGAGUGAGAGGGUUAAUGUUACCUACUUACAAGUUCACGAUCCCGCAGCGCAGCAUUUAAAUAUUUAAAUUUAAUUUCCAACGCUAAUUUAAGUAAAAAUAGUUGGAGUGUAACAAGAGUGAUAGUUUUAUGACACAGCAACGCGUUGUGGUCUGUUGAAUUGGAAGCACUGCUUUGAACAGUGAAACGAUUAUUUGUAAAUUGUUUUAUAGAAUCAACCGUUUUUUGCCUAGUAGCGCGCUUUUGCGGCGCACAAUCGCUAUGGCCUUUUCGCUGGCUAGAAACACAGCACCCAACCGCCAUAAAACCGCAUCACUCUUCAUUCACAAUUCAGGUUCAUUUCUUUAGCACAAAUGGAGAUGGAGAUCCGUUUCCCUGUUAGUUUAUCAUUAGCUUAGGUGAGAAAAUACUGUUCCUAGUUAUAACUUAAAACCAUAAGUUUUGUUUGUCGUUCUUACCACACGUUAACGCACUUUUUAUUCAGUGAAUAUUCGUUCUGUAUCUCUGGUUAAUAUGCGUCUACACUUUUUAAGUCAUCUUUGUUAAACGUUGUUAAUUUGGCAGCAUUCACAUAUGUUUCCCAACGCUCACCGGAAUUUGUGAUGUUAAAUUAAUGUAAAUUUUUGUCUUGCAAUUUCAUGUUCCCUUUCCUGACCUCGUCAAAAGAAUUUUAGCUGAUGGACGCUGGGAAUGAUAGGCACUGCUAAUGAUGAGGAAUUUUUGUUUGGCUUUUGUUACGUGUGAGUGUUUCUUCUUUCACUCCCAAAGGCCUUUACUAGUAGUUUAGUUUUGGAUAAGGUUUUGUAAGAGUGCCACACGAUUGUCCAUUGAACACUUGGUACGUUGCCUUUUCACCUUAUCGUGUACAACCACAUAGAGUGUCACGGCAGUAGUGCGUAAAAAUGCAAACGAAUCGACGGAGAUUCAUUUACAGAGGUCAAUUAGUCAGCCCUCGUCAAAUUGCCACAGAAAUGUUGUGGUUGAAUGUUAAACCAUCGUGGAUUUGAUUUGCUCAUUUGGUGGAAUACUUUGGGAGUGGAAGGACUUAGGAGAGGUUCUAUAGUGUUGAGCAUUUUUGUGUAAUUGAAGAUUCGGUUUAAACUGAAUGUGUGUAAUUCGCUUUUAGAUGACAUGUUUUUCCCGGUUGUUAAAUCAAUCAAAUGCCUUGCGCUGUGAUAUAUUGCCACACUGUGGCGCUGAAUAAAGAUAUUUAUUUCCGUUA